AUGGCUUGCCGGAGUGGGUGCUGCUGUGGUUUCGGUCCAGUGAAUGAGGAUAAUGCGAGAUUUCUGAUGCUGGCGCUGUUCAUAAUUAUCUACCUCCUGUGUGGGGCCGCCGUUUUUUCGGCGCUUGAGCACCCGAAGGAGAAACAGGCGAAGGACAGAUGGGCGCAAAGGUUCGAACAUUUCACCCACAAGCACAACUUGAGCAAAAAAGAACUGGAGAACUUCCUGAGGCAUUAUGAGGAGGCAAAUGUAGCCGGCAUCCGCGUGGACACCACCAGACCUCGUUGGGAUUUUACCGGCGCUUUUUAUUUCGUGGGAACAGUGGUUUCAACUAUAGGUUUCGGAAUGACGACACCGGCCACGGUGGGAGGCAAGAUCUUCCUCAUAUUCUACGGGCUCAUCGGCUGCGCAGCCACCAUCCUCUUCUUCAACUUGUUCCUGGAGCGUCUGAUCACCGUCCUGGCCUUCGUGCUGAAGUCCUGUCACGAGCGGCAGCGACGGCGCCGUGGCGUCCUGCCCCACAGUUUGGGGAUGGGGGCAGGGGUGGCAGGGCCUGGCCUGGCAGGCUGGAAACCCUCCGUGUACUACGUGAUGCUGAUCCUGGGUCUGGGCGCGGUGCUGGUUUCCUGCGGGGCCUCGGCCAUGUACUCGUCGGUGGAAGGCUGGAGCUACGCCGACUCGCUCUACUUUUGCUUCGUGGCCUUCAGCACCAUCGGCUUUGGCGACCUGGUGAGCGGCCAGAGGGAACGAUACGAGAGCCAGGGCCUGUACCUGCUGGGCAACUUUGUGUGCAUCCUAACGGGUGUGUGCUGCAUCUACUCCCUCUUCAAUGUCAUCUCCAUCGUCAUCAAGCAGGUGCUCAACUGGAUCCUAGCCCGGGUGGCGCACCCCUGUUGCCCGCAGCAACCUGCCAGGGGCACCUUGAGGCACCGUCGCAACGUGGUGAUGCCGGGGCACUUCCGCGCCCGCCGCGACGCCUCCAUUGAUACGGACGGCAUCAACGACAGUGAGACUGAUGGCCGCCGUGUCUCCGGGGAGAUGAUCUCCAUGAAGGACUUCUUGGCCGCCAACAAGGUGAACCUGGCCAUCAUGCAGAAGCAGCUGUCGGAGACGGCCAACGGGUACCCCCGCCCGUCGGGGUCUAACACCCGACACAAUGGCUUCUCUGGGGGCGUGGGGGCGCUGGGGGUUAUGAACAAUAGGCUGGCUGAGACCAGCGUGGACAGGUGA